CCACGCAGAGCUCUCCCGACAGAGAUUCAAACCCUCAGUCUCCUGUCUGUGAGGCUGACAUGCUAACCACUAGACCACCGUGCGGCCCGGAAACUGUUACGUAUAUGUAAUUUUGAAAUAUUUUUCACAUUCCAUAGUUCAAGCAGCUGUGUGGUUUCGGCCACAAGUCCAUGAAAUGACAGGGAAAGAUGUCGGUAUAGCCCAAUAGGGAAAGUUGUGUAUCCUUUUAAUGCUUCCUUCCACUUCCAUACAUUUCAGGCUGGUCCAACAUAAAACAUAUAGAUAUUAAUGUGUAUACCUGUUGUUUUUUGGGGGUUCGAACUCUUAUGAAAUUGCGGGGUGGGGGUCAAUUGAUCGCUAGCAUAACUCUACACCUGGGAAACCCAUUGAAGUUGCAUUCCGCCUUUUGUCACUGAUUAAUAGUUCCAUGUACAUUUCCAGAUGUGGAAUCCAAUUUCAAUGUUUUGUGAUUCACCUGACUAUCACACGUGACGGCAAAGUACGAGUACAAAAAAACAAAACAAAAAGAACGGCAGCAGGGAGGGUCUCGGCAUUGCAGGGUACAGGUGGACGCAUGAGACAAAUACACAACCAUUCACACCAAAGGCGAGUUAUAGCAUUUAAUUCAAUACAAUCCUAAAGUCCAACUCUGAACCAAUCAGCGGCUGCGCUCAUUGAUGAAGUACCUAGUACUUUAACUUUGGUAUUUUACAAAGAACGUAUGUGACAAUAUAUGGGCAGAGCUUCUCUAUGGGCCACGGAGUUAAGCAGAUAAUCAGGCUUUAGAGACCUGAGUGGAGGUUAGUGACGCAGAGCUUUACGUUGCCAAAUACAGUUGCCCAACCCCUCACACCUUACAUUAUAGUACCGCAGACACAAGGAGACAUGAUUGAUGUUUAAAGUUGCAUCACAGGAGCCCACCCAGCCUGUAGGAGGGGAUACUGAAACAUUUGUGGCUUCAAUGUUUAGUUCGGGGGGGUCCAAACUUAUUCCACGGAGGCCCUUACACUGAAAAUAUAUUUUAAUAACAGACUUAAAGCAACACGUGUAGAUAUGUAGAUAUGCGAGUGGUUCAUUGACAAUUCAAUAUUAAUACAUGGAAUAUUUUUGUAAUUGGACCAUAGAAAACCUAUCAUGACUUUCUUUUAACCUUAUUAGAGCUCUCUAGGCAUGAAAUAACACCCCUAUAGACACCUUUACACACCGUAUUAUUCUUUGUUUACACCACAUUGCUAGUGGCUAUGACUUUAAGCAUAGCUCGCUAGUGAGCUAACUAAAAAUAUAUUAUUCUAAACUUAAUAGGGGUUCACAUUGGGUAGCGAAGAAGGACAAUGUAAGAAGCAAACAACUUACCACUUCCACACACAAUGGGAGGAGCACUUUUUUUUUCCAUUCUAUCAUGUCAAAUCAUGGCAUGGCUGAUUAUAUGUAGUGUUAAGAUAAUAACAAUAAACAAUAUAAGUGGAGGGCUGCACGGUGGUUGAGUGGCUAGCGUGCAGGCCUCACAGCUAGGAGACCCGAGUUCAAUUCCACUCUCUGUCAUCUCUGUGUGGAGUUUUUAUGGGUUUUCUCCGGGUACUCCAGUUUCCUCCCACAUUCCAAAAACAUGCUAGGUUAAUUAGCGACUCCAAAUUGUCCAUAGGUAUGAAUGUGAGUGUGAAUGGUUGUUUGUCUAUAUGUGCCCUGUGAUUGGCUGGCCACCAGUCCAGGGUGUACCCCGCCUCUCGCCCCGAAGACAGCUGGGAUAAUAAUAAGAAUAAGCGGUAGAAAAUGAAUAAAUGAAUGAAUAUAAGUGGAAUAAUAUCAACAAAUUGACACAUUUAUUCCUAUUAAUACAUACUGUACAUAUAACUGUUUAAAGAAAAUAUAAAUAACUUAACUAAAAAUAUCGAUGUAAUCAUGCUAGUAUCAAUCAGAAAGAGACACUGAAUUGGUAUCUCUAAGAUCGGCAUCUGGAUCGACUCUAAUGAUGAGUGGAUAGGUAACAGUUAAUUUCCUGACCGGUAGGGGAAUAUAUGGCGUUUGAUAGACUCCAGGAAAGCAAGUUGGACGACAGACGCGCACAUGUUGCUUUAAGCGGAACAUUUCCUGGCAGAAGGGAGAAGAAAUCAAAGAAAUUGUAAAGGCUGACCCUCCUGGAGGACCCCAGCUUCUCCUUGCGGAGCGCUGAUGGUGACUGGGAGAAGUGUGCCAAAGUGCAACGCGAGGAGCAGCUUAUUCAUGCAAAUUGAUCAAAUCAUAGGCGUGCCUUUGAGCGAUGGAGCCGGAAAAGCGAAGCAGCUCCUGGAUCAUAACACACCUUCAAAGACUGUGAUGCACACUGCUCGGACUCAUUCACGGCAGCACCGGAGGCGAUCUUUGCGUCUUUGUCGCACUUUGGUUCCGAGCUGCAGGUCACUUGUUGCUGUAUUCUUAUUUGAGGGGGUUCUCCACUAUUUUUUUUGUUUAACACCCACUUGGACUUUUUUUUGAAAUGCUGAGAUUCGAUGCGCAUCCAGUCACUCCGCGGCACUGACUUCGUGCGUAAUUACGCAUUUGAUCUCAUUUCUUUUGAUUAAACAAUUAAGUCAUUUCCAGCAUCAUUAUGUCAGGGGGCGACAACAGCUCCACUAGCGGCCGUCUUCCUGAAACCGAAAGCGGCAGCGUCAGCGUCUUGAGCUGGGAGCAAGUGCAGCGCCUGGACGCCAUCCUGACGGAGACCAUCCCCAUCCACGGACGAGGAAACUUCCCCACGCUGCAGAUGCAACCCAGGCAGAUUGUCAAAGUGGUGCGAAGCAGGAUGGAGGAGAGAAACAUCCACGUCCGGGACGUCCGGUUAAACGGCUCUGCGGCCAGCCACAUCCUGCAUGAAGACAGCGGACUGGGCUUCAAGGACCUUGACCUCAUAUUUUGCGCAGAUAUGAAAGGAGAGAGUGACUUCCAGAUUGUGAAGGACAUUGUUCUGGACUGUCUUCUGGACUUUUUACCCGACUGUGUGAAUAAAGAGAAGAUUACUCCCUUAACUUUAAAGGAAGCCUACGUGCAGAAGAUGGUGAAGGUUUGUAACGACUCCGACCGCUGGAGCCUCAUCUCCCUGUCCAACAAUCGGGGCAAGAACGUGGAGUUGAAGUUCGUGGACUCUCUCCGCCGUCAGUUUGAGUUCAGUGUGGACUCGUUCCAGAUCAAGCUGGACUCCCUGCUGCUCUUCUACGAGUGCUCGGAGAACGCCAUGACCGCCACGUUCCAUCCCACCAUCAUGGGGGAAAGCGUGUACGGCGACUUCAGCGAGGCUUUGGAUCACCUCCGCCGCAAGAUCAUCUGCACCCGGAAUCCGGAGGAGAUCCGAGGCGGCGGCUUGCUGAAGUACUGCCACCUGCUUGUGAGGGGCUUCCGGGCCGCCUCGGAAUCCGAGAUGAAGUCUCUUCAACGUUACAUGUGCUCACGUUUCUUCAUUGACUUCCCCGACAUCGGCGAGCAGCAACGCAAGCUGGAGUCCUACCUUCAAAACCACUUUGUGGGCCUGGAGGACCGCAAGUACGACUACCUGAUGACGCUCCACGGGGUGGUCAACGAGAGCACGGUGUGCCUCAUGGGACACGAGAGGCGGCAGACUCUAGGGCUCAUCGCCAUGUUGGCGGUGCGCGUUCUGGCCGAGCAGAACGUCAUUCCCAACGUGGCAAACGUCACCUGUUACUACCAGCCCGCUCCGUACGUGGCAGACGGCAACUUCAGCAACUACUACAUCGCGCAGGUCCAGCCGGUGUUUGCGUGCCAGCAGCCCGCCUACUCCACCUGGCUGCCCUGUAACUGAGCCAGCCGGGAGCGCAGGAGGAGGAAGAGGGUGAUUUAUUUGAACAGGAGCAAUGGCCGCCACCGCCAACUUGACACCUGACAGCAAAGCGGCCUCUUUUUUUUUUUUUUAAAUGUUUUGCAUCAAAGCUUGUGUUUGUGUUCAUACGUUGAGUAUGAAUGAUAGAUUAAAAAAAAAAAAGCGUCGGCUCAAUGUGAAUAUCUCUCACCCACCUUGCUAAUGUGGGGACUUGUGCAACUGCACUCCGCAGGAAGUGAUUAGUCUGGGAGAAUACCUUUUGGCUAUUAAACCCACAACUCCUUUGCAUUUGGGUAUAAAUAUGGUUGUUACAGACCAAAGAUUUUACAUUAUUUACAAUAAAACCCUGUUUUUUAUAGGGGAAAAUAUCAUAUAUGAAGCUCUAUACUAUCUAUUUGUGUAACUGAAUGUGUGUUUAAGUGCCUAUUACCCUUGAGCAAGAGCAGGCCGUGUGAUUAUUGUCCUGUGAAUUAGCACCAGGAAGGCUUAUGCAUGUUUGAGAGCGAUGGUGCACAAACUGGAGCAUCCCUAAAGUACGUAAAAGUCGGUUUUCGCUGAAUGGUAGUAGCAAAAAUGUCCUGUUUUGAGAUUGUGUGUGUAAAAAUACAUAAUCAUUAAAGUAUUAAUACCAUCAGAAAACCUUCUAGUUCCGUGUAUAGUUUGAAGGGAAUAUGUCACACAGGUCAGAGCCACUUUGAUAUUGUAUGCAAAUGCUUGUGAGGAGCACUAAAUCUCUUUUUAGCGGACAUCCGUCAUGAAAUGGACCCCCCCCCCUCCAAAUACAGUCAAACAGCUCUUUAGUGUAAUUGUGUUGUGAUGACAACGGCCUCCUCGGUGGUGGUGCUGCAAAGCCAUUGAAAAAAAAAAAAAAAAGAAAAGAAAGUGUUCAUACGCUUGAAGAAUAUUUGCCGUGACGCCUCAGAUGAUGAGACACUAUUUGCUGUAGCACCCUGACAGGGAAUUCCUCAGCUGCUGCUCAAGAGCUGCAGAUAUAGGCUUGCCUUUUGCAAUACCAAAUAUUUUGGUAACCCUCAGAUAGAUUCUGAUCAUUUCUUGGUGUAUUCAUGAACUUAGGAUGCUGUUUUGUUGCAGAAAAAGACAUUAAAAAUGAGAAGGAAGAAAGGAAAUGGGAGAGGUGGGUGCAGCUGGUGAUGGGGUUUAUCAUCUUAGGGCCACCAUGCUUCACUUUGUACCGGAUCACAACUUUAAACCUUUUUCUAUACUGGAAAUACAAAGUAUUGUGCCAUUUUUUUUUUAAAUCAUCAUAAGCGAAGAAGUAAAAGAUAAAAAUGACAUCAAAUUUAUGAGGUGUUACAUUGUGGUGUUGCUGCUAUGAAUUGUAUUGAAAGCAGGAUUCCCAGCAUUUUUUGUACAUAUAUGAAUAAAUGCUUCAGCUUUGCCAAUUUACUUAUGUUGCAGCCUUUCCUGCCGGUGUGUUUAAAAAAAAAAAAAAAAAGUAAAUCAUGACUUUUGAAGAGCACAACCAAGCCAAAACUGCUAUAAAUCCUCAUCAUUUUUAUUCUCACAUUCUCGUCUUUGUUGAUGGAAACCUUUGGAUUGUGCAGGCAUUAUAUUGCCUUUUUUUUUUUUAACUCAGUGAUAUUUUCCCAGCUUCCUAGCUGAAGUCUGUCUAUUAGUGAUUGUGCCUAUCAAUUAGAGAUGGUGUAUUACUGCAUUGUCUUGUACGCGUCAGCUCACAUGUGUUCCUCAUGCUGCAGUAUUUACAAAACACACAGGGAAAAGAAAAGGUCAAAUCCUUGUCUUGUAUGUAUAUUUUUAUGAGUGUUAUUUUAUAUAUAUAUAUGUAUAAAUAUCAAUGUAACAGACUGCACGUCUGUGAAUCUGUGAUUGGGCUUCAAUGGAUUUGUUCUCAAUAGCUUUUUGCUAUGUUGUCGUGCGUCCGAUGGGUUAAAAGUAAAAAAGAUGUU